AUGAAAACCAGCGUUAAGAUUAUUCACGCAAGGUUGCAUGCUCAGGCACUUACUCUAGCUGCCUUAGCUGGGGCAGCUGUUGUUGAGUAUUACGACCACAAAUCGGGACAAUUGAAACUCGCAUAUAAGAGCGGAGUAGGCCGCUUCACAUUUUCCCGAAUUUCUAUCUAUCCUUCACCAGCAAUACAGAGCCUCGAGGACGGUAUGCACUUAGAUUUGGAUCUGAAAUUCAAUGAUCUUGGUAAGCAUCGAGGUGAGAGCCAUGUCGAGAUUCUGCGCAAAAAUGAAGAAGCGUACUUCCCCAUUUUAACUGAGGCUAGAUGA